AUGUGCAUCCUCGACGAAGCCGUGACAAGCUGUGCAUUGCUUGACAGCCGUUCAUGAUGAUGUCGCGUGCCUUGACGCUGUGUUUCCGUUUAUUUAUUGAGUGCGCGUUUAUUCGCAACGUCUUGCGAUGGUUGAAGGAAGAUGUCGUUUGAUCCAGAGCGCAGUAGCACCAAUGGCAAUGAGAGCCCGGAGCUCGAAGAUGUGGACUCCCCGUGGGCAGCACCUUCGGCGGACAAGCGCAAAGUGGAGGUGGUGCUUGUGACUGGUUCAAGCGGCUUCCUGGGCCAGCACGUGGUCAAGCUGCUGCAGGAGCUAGACAAGAACGUCAAGGAGAUUCGCCUCUUUGACAUCAAGCCCUAUGAGAACAAACUGAAACACAGCACCGAGAAGCCCAUGAAGGCCACCGUGGGUGACAUCUGCAAUGCCAAGGCGGUGCAGGAAGCAUUUGCAGGCGUCGACUGUGUUAUCCACACUGCUGCCCUGGUGGACUGCACCAUCUUCCCUGAUGCAGAAGCCAUGGAAGCUGUUAACGUUGAAGGUACGCGGACAGUCAUCGACGCCUGCAUUCGGCAAAACGUACCCUACUUGGUGUUCACGAGCACGGUGGACGUGGUCGUGAGCAGCAACCACAUCUUCUUUGGAGCGGAGAACACCACCUUCACGCCGAAGCACUUCCUGAUGGGUCCCUAUGCCGAGACCAAGCACCGUGCCGAGCAGCUGGUGCUCCAGGCCAACCAGCGUGUGCUGGCCGAUGGUCACACAAAGUUCAGCACGCUGGUACUCCGGCCAACUGCAAUGUACGGGGAGGAGGACCAGCAUUUUGUGGUGCAGUUUUUGCGCGUUGCCAAGUCCUCCAAGAACACGCUGACCAAGAUCCGCAGCGUCGACGAGCGCUUCCAGGUGACCUAUGUGGGAAAUGCUGCCCUGGCACAUCUGCGAGCCAUGGAGAAGCUGGCCGUGGACGAGUCAGUGGCAGGCGAGGUGUUCUACGUGACGGAUGACACGCCCCUCGAGGACAUGUACGAGUUCCUGCGGCCAUUCGUUGAGUGCCAGGGCUGCCGCCUGUCAGACUACACGGUACCCUACCUGCUGGCCAUCCUGGUGCUCAUGCUGCUUGCACUGGUGCUGCGCCUGGUGCGGCCCCUGUACCGGCCGAAGUCCUACAUUCCUCCACCCUCGGCCGUCACCUACAUAUGCACCUCACUUUUCUUCAACCGCACCAAGGCCACUCUGCGGCUCAACUACUACCCCAACGUGACGCCCGACGAGGCUGUCCAGAGGUCCGUCUCCUACUACAAGUCGCUCCAGUUUCCAGGAUGAUGUCUCGUCGCUGUUAAGGAGCUGACCACGCCACUUCACACUCUAGCAGUCCCCGCCAUGCUUGUAUCAGUGCUAACUUGUCAUUCCCAAAAGUUCCUGGAAGCGGCUUCGGGGCUCUGUUAAUGUGGUAAGAGUGGCGGGCAACCACUGUUUUGUAGGGUAGUGUAUUUACGAGCUCGUUCCAUUCUUGUUCACGUCAAAGCAGAUUGUUUCAGCAUGCACACAGCACCCAUUCUACGCUUCUGGAAUAUGCCAGGGCAAAACCACGUCAGAAAAGUACAUUUGUGGUUACUUUCUUUAGCAAAACUUCGUAGAAGCUACCCUAGGCAUGAUACUUGGUCGUGGUGAUUCAUUCAGGUAGUACAAAACUUCCCUCCAUCCCUCCCUAGAGGUGCUGCAUGCCUCAUAAAGUUUCAAUCCAAGAACAAGUUCAACACGUUGUUCUUGAACAGCAUCAAGACAUCCUGGGUUAACACUUGCACGCUGCUUCAUGUCAGCCAUGUCUGCAAACCUGUAGCUGUGCAAUCGUUUUAUAUACUCGAGUCAAAGUAUCAUGCCUGUGGUGCUGCAUUCAUGUGGUGUUUCACAUCAAUAACUAGCUACUAAUCAUACUAAACAAUGCAACCUUGCAUGAUAAUAGUUCAUUAUCAUACCUUGACAGCGCCUGAUUUGUAGCGCUGGUCUCAGCUCUUUCGUUAGUACAAGUUGUCUGAAGGAGAUGAUUCUAGGCUAUUUUUCUCGCACCAGACUGCUCGUAGCAGCGAGCCACGUGUUCUAACUGCCCUAUUACUUAGUAGGAUGUCAGCCAACAGCCUUGGUUAAAUGUCUGUUACAGUAUAUUGCCGAUUAUAAGUCGAUCCCCCAACGUGCAACCCUUUCUAGGCAAAAAAAAAAAAAUGUUGACUCCGAACACAGCCUCAUGCUGCGGCCACAACACACCAGUAAGUCUUUCAAAAACAUCGCUUACGACUUGUCGCUUGAAAGAAGGAUGCAGCAGUCACAGUCAUUUCCAUUUUGUGAGCCAUUGCUGCUGUUUGCUGUCAGCAGGGGUGCUGCUGAUACAGAGAUGCUGCACAUAAAAAACGCUGCCCGGAGUAUGUCGGCUGGAAGUCUGUACCAGGCAUCAUUAACCCAUUGCGCCACUUCACUCAAAGAGCUCGGUUUAAACUCGGCUAGAGGGAUGCGCAUAUUAUUCACAACAGUAUGUGCUUUUGCUUCAAUAACAUCAUAGAAAAACACUCGGGCUUUUGCUUUUCUGGUCGUGAACCCAGUCUCGAACCGCCUCAUCAGCAGUGGGGUAUCGUCCAGACUUCAGUCCACGUAAAGAACGGGGUGUCGCAGUGUACGCGGAUAUCUUGGUCCUUUGCUUUGUCCAUUCCCUCACGUACUUUUCCGACUCAUCGAACCUCUGCCCUGCUUCAGCAUUGCUUGUCGACACUGCAUAGAAGAUCACUUGCUGCUUGAAAGCAACGCUGUACUGUUGCCAGUGUAGCAGUGGCAUCUUGGCAUCUGUUGAGCAGCUUCGCAAAUUGUGUACACCAUCGUUCACUAGCGAGGCGAAAUGCAGAAAUGGCGAACAGGCAUGAGUGCAAAAAAAGUUUAAUUUGAGGAAACUCUAUGGGCAAAAAGACGUGAAGACGCUUUUGGGCGCAUGCGUGGGCCACAGGCGACUGGUCAUGUGGUUUAGUUCCCUGCAAAGUGUUGCCAGCCCACACGGUGCUGCCAGCUUUUCUCUGAGACACCUAUGGGGCUUAGCGGGAAAUCUGAAUUUUUUAAUUGACUUGUCAGCAAGUGCUGUUAGGGCACACUGUCCACUAAAGUGAGAAAUGCAUGUGAUGUCUUUCGCGAACGAUAGACCUCAUGUUUUUUGCAAGCAAGAGAUGCAUGUCGAGGUUCUCACGACAGAGAAACGCAUGUCACAUUGUUAGCAAGCAAUAAAGGCACGUCGCGUUUCUUCGUGAGCCAAUUGCACUGUCAUAACCAUAAACGGCUAGUGCCAGUGUUGUUGCCGAUCUCUCACGACAGACACGCUGAUGCGAUGGCACCAUCAUUGAAACGGUGAUGCAGUCGGCGACGAAUCAUAAAAAAAUGCUGUAUCUCCAACACGUCGUUGUUGACACCUCCCACCAUAGAUAGCUCUAUCGUAGUUUCGCGAUCGUCAUGGCAGAUCGUAAAAAUGUCUGGCUCCGGAAGUGGCGUGCACGAGUUGGGAGAUAGCAGUUGUCGCAACUCCGUUGCCUCUGCAGCUGAUGCUAUCGAUGUGUCGAAUAGCAGUGAAUCCGAGGACGACAAACAUUCAUCAGACCCCUCAGAAAAGUCGACUUUAUGAUUCCUAGUCGACUUUACGAUUUCGCGUAUAGGUCGACUCUGAUUAUAGGUUGACCCCCGUACUGAAAAAAAGGUCGACUUAUGAUUGGCAAUAUACAGUAAGGCGAGAACUGCCAUCAGUGCCACGUUACCUCAAAUACAUGCUGAAGAGCGCACAUGACCGUGAUCUCAGCCACUCUGGCUGCGAAAAAGCGAGGCCAACAGUUCGUCAAGAAAUCUUCUACAAAUCUUGCUGCACGUAACCAGUGCUCUUUUCUCAGUCAGAACGUUGUACUUGUUGAUGAUGCUUGUCACUGGCUGGAUGACCUGAAAGCUGUCAUGUUGCUCAAUUGUGAGACAUUCAACUCUUGUCUGCCAGCAGCUUGCUCGCUUUUAUUUUUCUCUGUACUUCCAGAAAAUACCCCUAGCUACCCCCGUUGAAUGCCCUCAAUGAGAGCACCCGCUGCUCAAGUUGUAUUUUCUCGAGGCAUUUAGUAGUUUAGGUGUUUGUGUUACAUGCCAAGAACAUCCUGGUUGCUCAUGUCUAUCAUUUUUUAACAUCGGUCAUCAUGCUUUGAGUACAGCUUUGGUGGGAAGUGUGCACUGACAUUGCUGUGUUUUUCAUGAUUGUGUAUAUCUGGUAUGGUGAAUGGUCAAAUUUUGUCAUUGUUAGUACACGUGUGUUUAAUUCGUAGCUACACUGCGGAAGCCAUGCCUAAGACUGGCACGGACCACAAUAUUGCUUUGCAAUAACGAAGUCACGUCCGGCACAGAAGUACCUUCAUUAAGGGGAGAUGUGGUGAUGAAAACUACUAUGGUUAUUUAUUGAAAUAAAGUGAUCAUGAAGGUGUCAUUGGUUGUGCUUUUAUCAUAACUGAAAUCGGUCUUGAGCUAUCUAACUUGAGUUACAACACUUAAUGGACUCUUAUUGUCAUCUCAUUUAUAGAAAAAUUGAACAUUCUGACCAAAUUUACCAUUCCAUUUGCCACGUCCCUCCUAAGUAUCAGUGCACCCACCCACUGAUAUCGAUAAGGCUCAAUCACGCAUAGCAAAACUGCAGCAAGAAGCAUUGCACUUUGGACAGGACAGUGACGGAUCCACGAGUUUCGAUGACCCACGAGUUGUUUGCUAUGCACUUAAACAACUUUUAUAAACUUAUACCAAUGUUCAUGUAACACUUUUCAUCAUGCGCAGGCCCAACCUCGAUUAGGCUCAAUUCGAAUCAGGUGCCACUUUAAUUCGUGAUAAGGCCUUGUUGAGCUCGAGGGGAUUGUGAUGCGCACAUUGUGAUUGGGAAUUUAGGUGGUGCCUGCAUCAAAUUCAGUGAUGAUUACUUUCGGCAGUGUAGUGGCAAAGAUCGUUGAUCUCAAUCCAGAAACCUUAUUUGGAUCUGCUGUGGUCAUGAUCAAGUGCACUUGCGUGACACAGGUGUUAAAUUACCAACACGUUUCGCAUACUGUCACUCCAAUGCGUUCUCCGAAUCGUAUGGAAUUGGCACAUUGAGUUGGCCGGGUGAAUGCCCGUCAAUACAGAGCAAGUAACUAAACAUACAAGCACAUUUGGAAUGUGUUAUUUUAGACUGUUCUAGCUGACAGUUGACGCACGAUGUGAGCGCAAGGGUAUGCACACAAGCUGUGGGCUAACGUUUCGCUGCCACAAUUAACGCUAGAUAUGAGCGCACAACCGCUUGUUUUACUGUAGCCAGCAUCGACUCUGAUCUAACAUUUUUGGUUUGAAUGCAGCUGCAGAAUGUUGACUGAAUAAAAGUAUAACCUGCGAAAUCUUUUUACUUGCUUCUUUUUGUCUAGAAGUUUUUAACCUCAAUAUUUGUUGUAUUGAGGUCUGGCUUGAUUUUCUGAAGAUUGUAGAAACACUGUCGUGGUUCUCGUAGAUUAUCUUGUUGCAUUGGUGCUGGGAGUUUUAAUGUUGGCUUCACCUGGCAGUUACAUCUGAUUGAGUCACACCCUCGUGUAUUGAAUGGUCGUCUUCUCUCUUUCAAUGUAGUCUAUGUUCGUGGAGUGACCAUUCAUUGUGGUGCUAUUUUAAUGUUUUUGUAGAUUGCAUACAUGCAUUUGUACAUGUACACAAGUUUAAGGUGGAAGGUACAUGACAUAGGGGCAGGGUCUGCACAAAUCUCUUUUUGUUAUUAUUUAUCAGCUCAAGAAGAGGCUGGACCUCCCUGGGUGUGCUGUCCCAUCAUAGUAGACCACAGCAUCAUACUAUUUGAACUGUAGGCAGGGUGUGCCAUCUUAUUCUGCACAUUCGUCAAUCAUGCUAAUAUUUCGUGCGGCCAUCAUGUUGUAACCUACGCUGUCUCAAAGUACCAUACAAACUAUGUCCGGUGCCUCCUCGAAUAACGCCGUACUUUCUCGCGCAUAGCCUGCCUCUGCACACGAUUCACACCCUCCAACAGUGAACUGUGGGAUCCCACAUAUACCUCUCUUCGAAUUACUGCCGUGAAGCCAACUUGUUAACCUAACUUUUUGUAUGACCUGUAUGCCAGCUCUAUCUCCGAACUAUCCGUAUAUUUCAUGCAGGUUAUUCAUGAGAAUAAAUAUAUAUGUGCAGAUUGGUUUAAUGUGUGCUCAAGGUAAAAGUUAAGGCUGUGCAUGAGCCCGUACCAACUUUGUGCAAACAUUUAUUAAUGCUUAUAUGUAGGUUCGCUCAUGUGGGACCAAUGGAUUUCUGAAGUCUAGUUAGUGAAAAAUAUGGUCAAAGCAGACUUUAGUAUAGAGAUUUGUUAACUGUGAUUCACGAAAAUGCACUGUUUUCUUUUAUAUGUUCUUCAUUCCAUACUAUACGAAUUGUUUCAUAAGGAUCUUUUUUUUUUUUUUUGUAGAUGGCAUUUCGCACAAGAAAACAGACAAGAAGGAAGAGAGCACAGACAGUUGCAGUCUGUGCUCUCUUCAUUUUUGUCUGUUUUUAUUACUUUUUUGUGCAAAAUACCAUCCACAAUCGAAUAUACGAACUUGCCCAACGGUCGUUUUUUUUUUCUACGUUAUUUCCCUCGGUGACCCGUGCUUUUGGACGAGUGUACAACUUCGUGCCGGUGUCUCUUGACGCAAGAGCCAAUUUUUUUAUGAACAAGCUCGUAUACUGAAUGAUGGAAUGCAGUAUUCUUCAAUAAAAGUUAUUUUUCUGAAUCA